AUGUUUAUUGGUGGCUUGAAUUGGGAGACUACAGAUCAAUCCCUACGCGACUACUUUUCUCAGUUUGGCGAAGUCCAGGAAUGCACUGUGAUGCGUGACAGCGCUACCGGGCGCUCUAGAGGCUUUGGAUUUUUAACUUUCAGAGAUCCUAAAACUGUCAAUACUGUGAUGGUUAAAGAGCAUUAUCUUGAUGGGAAAAUUAUUGAUCCGAAGCGUGCCAUCCCCCGCGAUGAACAGGAAAAGACGAGCAAGAUAUUUGUCGGCGGUGUGAGUCAAGAAGCAACUGAGCAGGAUUUUAAGCAAUUUUUCAUGCAGUUUGGUCGUGUUAUUGAUGCCACUUUGAUGAUCGACAAAGAUACUGGUCGUCCUCGUGGAUUCGGAUUUGUCACUUUCGAUAGUGAGGCUGCCGUGGAGGCAGCUCUAUCCCGUCCAUUGGAGAUUCUCGGCAAGCCUAUUGAAGUUAAGAAGGCUCAGCCACGAGGCAACCUGCGGGAUGAAGAAGAUCGGAAGGGUCGACGGGGUAGAGACGGAUUCCGUGACGGAAGCCAGGUCGGAGUUGACAGUGCCCAGCAACAGGGGGGACAAGGUGGAAUGGGUGUCGGAAUGACGCCUCAGAUGAUGGCUCAGUAUUGGCAGCGAAUGCAGCAGUAUUUUGCUCUUAUGCAGCAGCAGAUGGCAGUCGCCGCUGCCAACCAAGGUCAGCCAAUGGGGAUGGGGAUGGGUGGCAUGAACCCUGCCAUGAUGCAGCAAAUGCAACAGAUGAAGCAAAUGCAGCAGCAACAGCAGCAACAGCAGCAACAACCUCAGGAAGGAAUGAGCCCUUCGUCACAAAGCCCUGGGCCUCAGGGAAUGUCGAAUAUGAUGAACCCUCAAAUCAUGCAGCAGAUGCAAAGCCAAGGCCAAGGCGGAAUGAGCAACUCCAUGGCGGGCAAUAUGAUGGGGAACAACUACUCGGCCCAACGCAGCGGCCCCGGGUACAACGCGCAGGAGCAAAUUGCCUUUGAGCAGCAAAAGUAUGAGCAACAACAGGCACGCCGAGCCAUGGACAACAGAGGCUUCUCGCCUUAUCAACAAGGCGGCCCAACCUCGUGGGAAGGCAUGUAUGAUGAGGUUCCGCAGCCGAAUAUUCCCACUGGUCCUCAGAGUAUGAGUCGCGGUAGCGGUGGCGGCAUUGGUCGAGGCUCUACUACCCCCCAGCCGCAGAGUGCUGCACCAGCCAAUGCCCCGACAGGCCCGAAGAACGCCGGGAGGCCUGGCGCCAAUUACCGUGGUGGCGGACGCGGCGGACAUCGUGGUUUCCACCCCUACUCUCGCGGUUGA